AUGGCGCGCACCAGAGACGACGCCAAGGCAGCGGCUGCCGAUGCGGCUGCAGACAUCACUCGCCAGCCCACCGCAGAUGCUGGCGUGAAGAAGACGCCGGGUCGCGGUCGAGGCCGCCCCAAGAGCGCAAAGUCGCCCUCGAAGCCGUACGUGCCCACCGGCCGCCCUCGCGGAAGGCCCAAGGGCAGCUUCAAGUCCAAGGAGGGCGCGGAGAGGGCGAAGAAACCAAAGAAGCCGAGCGCGCCGCUGGCCCCGGGCCAGACGCGUGGACGUGGCAGGCCGCGCAAGUCAGACGUCGUGCCGGCGCAGGAGGACAACCAGGAGCAGACGGCAGAGUCCGAGGCCAACGCUGAGGCUGAAGCCGGAGAUGAUGCCGCCGAGAACCAGCCAGGUAUCGGUGACGUGACUGGUGGUGCACGCGCCGGGACGCCGCGGCAGUCUCCCGAAUACGAGGUCGGUCCUUCAUCAUCAUUCACAUCACCUGCGUGGUUCUCGCGAUUCAAGAACAUUAUUGGCUGA